AUGGUCAGAAAAAAUAUCUCCAGAAGAGUUAUCUGUUCCUUGGAAGUUUCUACUAUUGACCUCAUUCCUGUAGAAGACAGACAUGGUGAUGCUAAUAAAAAUAUAUCUCGGAACGGCCACAACAAAAUAGAAGUGUACUGUACUGGUUAUGUAAGAAUUCCAAAAACCCACUUGCUUUGUGAGUCUGUCUGUGAUCAAUGUGACAAUGGUAACGGCACGUUUCCUGGUCACUGUGAAUGCAAGCGAGGUGGGAUUCAUGAUCCCUACCAUAAAGACUGCAUUCCUACUUGCUCAUUAAGGUGUCUGAAUGGUGUCUGCAACAUCACUGGCCAAUGUUCCUGUAAUGCCGGAAAUACACUUAGCUCCAAUGAAAAAUACUGCCUUUCUCACUGUAGCGGAGGUUGUGGUGCUAAAGGAAACAGUUUAGGUCCUGAAACUGCCACUUGA